AAUCCCAUGACAGUGGAUAUAUCUGCAGUGGAUAUCAUGACGGACUUUUAUACAUCAAUGUUGGAGAAGAGAUUUGCGAAACCGGAUGUUUAUUGUAGAUUAUUGAAGCAUUUUCGUUAGGUCAAGUCACGCGAUAUUUUCAAUGAAAUUGGCUUUGGCAAAGAAGCGUAAACACGGCAGGAGUGAUACGAACAGGGAGUUCUAAAUCUACAAUGUAGUUGAUGGUCUUGACAGUUAACAUCUUCAGGCGACAAAACGAUAAAUUGCCUGUACGCAAACAAAGUUAAUUUUUGUUGACAAACGUCGCUUUAACGGUCGUUAGCUCACGUCGAUCAGCUAAUCUAGUUCAUUUAGCGAUAGCUAACGUUAACGUUUACCCCUCGACUCCCUUUCCAUACAACUCCAAAACGUUUGUCACUCAGACAAUAACUUAGCCCAAGGUGAGCCCGUCCCCAUCCCAGAGUCGGGAUGCUGUGUCUGGGCCCUUUGGGCAUGAGGACCCCUCUUGAAGUCCUGGCCCUUGCCCUGUGCUUCUUGCAUGCACCCUGUCCUUCACACGCCUAUAUCUACGCGCACUACAGCAAUAUGACCCCCAUGUCAUUUGAGGACCGACCUGCUCUGUUUGGUGGCCUCUUGCCGAUAGACGGUCUUAUGGGUGUUUUGGUGGAGGCCCGUCCUCAAAAUGCCUGCAUACCCAUUGAACCUCCCCCUCCACCGCUAACUCCUGGCGAGGCCAACCUAACUAAAUACAUCGUCCUCAUCCGCCGCUUUGACUGCAACUUUGACAUUAAGGUGCUGCACGCUCAGCAGGCUGGCUUCAGUGGAGCCAUUGUCCACAACAUGUACUCUGACACACUACUCAACAUGAACUUCAGUAAUGUUACCAUCGCAGAGGAGAUCGAGAUCCCCUCCGUCUUCACCAGCUACUAUGCCUCCCAGGUCUUUCGAAACUUCAUCAUUCCGGAGAAGGGGGCCUAUGUCAUCCUGAAGCCAGAUUUCCCCUUCCCACUCGCUUACUAUCUCAUCCCCUUCACUGGAGUGGUUGGCAUGAUCAUCCUUGUUAUGGUCAUCAUCCUGGUCCAGGUUGUGCGCUGUGUCCAGUAUAGGAAGAGGCUGAGAAAGAACAGGCUGUCUAAGGAACAGCUGAAGAAGAUACCUAUUCACAAGUUCAGCAAAGGUGAUGAAUAUGAUGUGUGCGCCAUUUGCUUGGACGAUUAUGAGGAAGGUGACAAGCUACGAGUUUUGCCUUGCUCACAUGCCUACCACUGCAAGUGCGUGGAUCCCUGGCUCACGCAGACUAAGAAGACGUGCCCCGUGUGCAAGCAGCGGGUGACCCGACCCAACCCCGCGUGCUCCGAGACGUCCGACUCCGACUCGGACGGCGGCUCGCGCACCGACGAGGAGGGCGGCGGCAACACCACGGCCACCUUCGACGAGGCCAGCUCUGAGCGCACCCCGCUGCUGCGCCCCUCCAACCCAGCCUCCCCGCUCGCCGGCAGCCCCACCACCACCUACGCCUCCACCGUCGCCACGGUCACCGCCGUCACCACGGUCACCACCGCCCAGUGCCUGGCACACACGCCGCAGCGCGACUCGCCGCUCCUGGGCUACGACGGCUACUACUCGCCCGAUGAGGAGUCUGACUCGGGCGCCGAGGGCGAGCACCCGUCGGACGACGACACGGCCCAGCUCAUCGGCAACGGCGCGGUAGGAGUCUGAGAGACUUGACCCGCACGGAGGAGCGCUAUUAAACAGCCCCUUUUAUCGGAGUAGCCCUAGUUGGUCUCGUUUUUAUGGGGUUGUGUGGAAAUAUCUGCAAGGCAAAAAAAAAGAAAGAGAUUUUUUUAAAGAUGUAAUUUAACCCUGUGGUUGAGACCCUGAAAUACUGUCUGUCAUAGACUGUCGUAAUGGGCUGACGUUGAUGGCGUUAAAGCUGUCAACUGUCCGUUUAUUCUAUGGCUUGUCGCUUUGUAAAGGGGAACAUUAACAAAUGAAGAAUUUCAAAAUGAGUCGAAAUGAGAAUCAAAUCUAACCCCUGGCGUAGGCUUUCUGCGUAAAACCUGAUCUUUUUUUUUUCCUUUUCAAUGAUCAUGUAUGAAAUCAUGUGUGAAAUACUAAGGUGUCAUUUUAACACCAUUAGUCUCCAAACACGGCUUCUCUCGCUCUUAGUCAACCCUACACACACACACACACACACACACACGUGUGCAUCUAGUGCAAUAUGGACGGGUGGCCAGUUUAUAUGUGUCCACGAACAUGACUCUCUUUCCGACGCAGUAUGUGCAAUUGUAUCGUCUUGCUCCCCCUUAAAGUUUAGUGCACCCCCAAGAGCUGGAAUAUGUUUGUAAUGGUUCAGCCCCGCUUAUGAAAACACGUCGCCAUUAUUCCGCUGGUGAUUUGCAACUGUAUUUUUUUUUUAUUUGAUUAUAAUUGCAGUAACUGUCAUUGCAUUCUGUUCUUUCUAAUACUGUGGUUUGGUGUUGUAAUGUGACUCCGUCUGAACCAUGGUUUGUGUUCUUGUCUGGAUGUCAAACCUCGAAGCGUAAGAGUUGAGUUGGGCUGAACGAGUGUGUGGGUCCUCCACCAGAGGAGUGGGUGCACAUACCAGACCUCCGUCUCUCUCUCGCUCCACUUCACCCUCUUCUCUCUUUCCGCUCGGUCUCUGUCUUUUAUUCCCCCUCUCUCCUUUUGACUGAGUGUCUUUUGGAUAACAUCUAGAUUUCCUUUUUUAAGUGAUAGAAUGUUGACAUCUUAAGGGACUCUCAAUACGAUUUUAUGUUCAUUUUACACACUCAACACACACACACACACACAUACACACACCACACACAUUUACUCUGUGUGUGAAUAGUUUAUUCGUCAGGACACUAAUAACAUAGAUGCUUUUUUUUUUGGUCAUAUACUGUGUUUUAAUGGUCUUUUUGUCAGUGUAUAGGUCACAUGUCCAUAUAUAAACUAAUUUCUCAAGUAUCUGCUAUAGUACAGUUCUUUGUUUUAAAUCCUUGUUUCUGCCUCAAAGCACAUCUUAUAAACUUGUAAUGAAGUUGUGCCUGGUUUCACAGUUGAUUUAGAGGCAGUAGUGUACCCUCCAUAAUCAGUUGCCCAUUGAAAAUUAUCAUCAGCAACUCAGCGACUUGAAUGUGUGUAGUUUCUACUCAAAUUGAUCUUUGUGAAUUGAUUUUUGUCUGUAAGUAUAUAUUUUUUAAUUAGAGUUUCCUGUCAAAGUUCAUACCUUGUUGAAGGUGAAGAUGUGAGAUGUCAUUAAAAGGAAAUCAAAGCACAGUUGUAUAACAUAAAUAACAGCCAGGUAUCUGUAGGAUAAUAACCAUACCCAGAGUGGGGACCAAGUUUUUGUUAUAACCAUUUUUUUUUCAUUUACCAUGUGAGAUCAAUGUUUGUGUAUCUUUGAUGCCUAACUUUGCUGACAUUUUUUCUUUAGGGGAUGUAAUUUCUUUACCUUUGUGCCAUAAAAAAACAAAACAAUUUUACCUAAA